AUGUUGCGAGUGCUUCCCUAUAUCCGCAUGCUCGUCCAGGCGAGCGAGCAGCGGCGGGCCAUGGUACGCAAGCUGCAAAUCGUGUGGCAGAUGCAAGACUUUGACCACCAAUGCUGGCUGAGCGACUGGAUGCAGGACCUGUUGGACCUCGACCACGGUGAAUUUAAGAUUCUUGAAUUUCGUCUGUAUUACCUUGGAAAGGGGACUUCCGUUAACCCUGGCGACGGGUUCGGCGAACGAAUUAAGCUGCGUCAAGGGCCAAUGGUGGCCAGGGAAGUCGUCCAAGGUCACCUGAGCAAGCGUCGUGGGAAGCUAGUCGUCGGCGUGUGCGCCCGUCAGUCGAUUCGUCAACAAGUCCGGGAUGCAGUUCAGCCACAGACGGGGGCAGACAUCAAACUUUUCGACUUCGACCUCGAGCCGUGUCACACCUGGGCGGCCCCUUGUCGCGACAACGAAGCCGUCACUAAUCUUGUGCAAAGUGAUUAUCAAAAGUGA